CUCUUUUUUUACUCCUGCUUUCUACUAGUUCUUCGGCUCUUACUAACACGCUCUGUAACCGGUAAUACAACUAAUAUGUUACAUUUUGGCAUUUUAUAUAAUUGCCGAGUUAAAAUAUAACUUUGGGGUUAAAGUAACAGGCGGUUUGGGGGAUUCCUCGCCCUCCCGGCUUCCGUAGACUGCUUUCGAAUGCACCGCACGUUUUCAUUCACUUGCACCAACCAGAAACUUCUUCACUAUAGCGACAAUACGGUGUUUGUUCGUUCUGUCAAAGAUGACCGCAUUAAGGACAGCUCUCCGAAAAGCAUGCAGUAUCACAGAAAAUUUUCUUCCAAAGUUUAGGAAGAAUUCGAUCGAGGCCCGCUCAUCGAUCUCCACGGGACCGCAGCAGCAGCACGCGACCUUCUACGAGUUCCGCACGUACUGCAUCAAGCCCGAGCAGAACGCGGCCUUCCUGAAGCUGACCAACGAGAAGAUCAACCUGCGAACGGCCCACUCCGAGCUCCUGGGUUACUGGAGUGUGGAGUACGGAGGCCUCAACCAGGUGUUCCACAUCUGGAAGUACGACAGCUACGCCCAGCGGGCGGGUGUGCGGGCAGCCCUGGCGAAGGACCCCCAGUGGAUGGAGCAGUACAUCUCUAAGGCCAUGCCCAUGCUGACCUCACAGGACAACGAGGUCACCUACCUGGUGCCCUGGUGCGGGCUUCAGACGCCCCCCACGGAAGGGGGGGCGUACGAGCUGGCCACCUUCCAGAUGAAGCCGGGGGGGCCGGCGGUUUGGGGGGAGUCCUUCCAGGCGGCCGUCAGCACCCACGCCAGGCCGGGGUACUCCCACCUGGUGGGGGUCUUCCACAGCGAGUUCGGACGCCUGAACAGAGUGAGGGAGAGCGUCACGUACCUGGAGUCGCAGAGCAACAAGCUCCUGUUCCCCACCCCCUUCUCCCCCCUCAAGUAACCACCCCCCCC